AUGCCUCCUUUCAAAGAUGAGCAUGUGCUCAGCAAUGCCCAAGAGUCACCUUCGCUGACCCACUCCCAGAUCAUUGCGCCCGGUUCGCAAAUCACUGCUGCGCAACUGGGGCUGCCCGAGUCCUUUACGCCGCCGAGGUAUCGCUUUCCCACGCGCAUGUUCCCGGGCGCGAAUCCUGGAGAAUGGGAGCCCGUCAAAAUCAGAACGAAGAUUGCAACGAAGCCGAAAGAGGUCGAAGCAGAGCCCGAGCCCACGCCUGCGCCUCCUAGGCCAGAACCGAUGGAAGUCGAUUCCAAAUCAGAUGUUCCUAUCACGAAUGGCGAUGAGGAGGAAACCAAACAAGCAAGUGGCGGGCAAGUAAACGGUGAGGAGGCCAAGUCCGAGCAAACAAAUGGCGAAACACCCAGUGCGGAGCAGCCGAAGGAAGGGCCACAACCCAAGGUUGAAGAAACCGCUGAAGAGCAACCUAAAACCGAAGAGCAGAAAGAUCAGCCUGCUUUGUCAGAAGAUGUCGAAAUGAAAGAGGCCCCUCCGGCCGAAGAAACCGCAAAACCCGAAACCCAGGAUGCCGAAAUGGUUCCGCCGCCAGAGCAAGAAGCACAACCACCCACCCAACUAGAAGAAGGAGAAGCCGCUGCCGUCGUUGAGGAUGAAACCACAGAAACCUUCGAAGACGACCACUGGUCCACCGAAGGUGCUGUCUACCCGAUCAAAGAAGGGCACAUUGAAAACUGGUCCUGUUUCUUUGCCCUCCUUUCGCACAUCUACAACAUGAUCUCUCCUCCCUUCCAUAUGCCGGUUCUAUUCGUGGCUCAACCCUGUUGGACCGCACGAGAUCACGAAAUGAUAACCCAAUAUGUCUUUGAACACUGGAAGAUCCCAGCAUUUUGUUUGAUGGAUGCCGCGUUAACGGCAUGUUACGCAUACGGCGUGCCGACUGCGCUGGUGUUGGACAUCGGGCACGAGAAAUGUGAUGUCAGUGCAGUCACCGAGUUUCAGGUUAAUGAUAUUGGGAGGGGUAUCGCUCUUUCCGGAUGUGGUGGUCGAGCGAUGACCAAGCGGCUGCAACAGGCGCUGGAGAGCCAGGGGUUUGACGAGGAUAUGGCAGAGCAGUUGAAAAAGAGUCCCAUUUGCGAGAUUUUACCUGCUGGAAUCCCUUAUCCAAGGUCUUCUUUUAGCGGCACAGCCGCCACUGCUAUUAACCCAGCUGCGGCUGCAUCUACAGGGGCGUUGGACUCUGGGAUGAAUGCGAAGGAUGGCGAGGGAUUAAGACCAGGUCAGGCACCCCGAGGGCCGGGAAUGGGAACCGUGGUGGGUGAAGAAGGUCCUAAUGGCGACGACGAGGAUAAUGAGGGCGUCCUUGACGUCGCUGCCAUCGUUGCCCGCGACAACGCCGCCGAAGUACUUGCAAAGCGCGAACGGGAGAAGGCCGAAAAGGCCGCGGCGAAGAAAGGUGGCGCCGCUGAAGCUGCCAGACAAAUCCGACUACGCAAUUCAGAACGAGAACGAGCUACUUUUACCUACGUGGACUUCGUCCCUGUCGCCGAGUCGAACGAUGCCGAUCAACCCAUGAGUCGGAAACGAAAGCGAGAAAUUGAAGUUGGAGUGGAACGAUUCAUGGCAGUAACUCCGCCGCCAGGAGCAUGCGAUGGAAUCGUCGACAUAAUCGCGGAGGCGAUCCAUCAUACCAUCUUGAGUGUUCCCGACAUCCCCCAACGAGCAACUAUCUGGGACAAUCUGAUCGUACUGGGUAAUGGAAGUCGAAUCAGAGGCUUUACAACGAACCUUCUCUCCGUUCUCAACUCACGAUAUAUCCUGUCUCCGUCAACCGCCACGAUCUUCACCUCCGAGCUUCCCUCAAAUUUCACAACUCCGGUCGCCACGCCUGGAACAAACACACCCAUCCCCGGCCAGGGAAACCACCCCUUUCACCACCCGGGCGGCGGCGUCAACCCUCUUCUUGUUGCUGCGACCAAGAACAUGAUGCAGCCUAACACGCAGUCCCAACACCUUCAAGUCCCUGGUGUGAACCCUUCUCUGGGAGGAACGCCCUCCGCAGAUCCCAACAACCCCAUGUCCACCCUCUCCCACCAACACAGAGGGUUCUCUCAGUCCCCAAUCUCCAUCAAACUCGUCAAGCCGCCUGAAUAUUUCCCGGAGUGGAAAACCCCGGCCAUGUCGGGCAUGGAAGAAGCUGCUUUCUUGGGAGCUCAAGUGGCAGCCAAAGUGGUCUUUAUUGUGGACCAGGGUAACAGCAAGGGCUUCUUGAGCCGGAGCGAGUAUAAUGAAUUGGGUCCUGGAGGCAUCCACGAGUGUGCUAUGUAG